GCCUAACCGCGGGGGGCGUGGCUUGCGCGUGUCAUAAUCAUCGUAGUGUAAGGGCUCCCGCAAUCCCCUAAGAAAGUCAUAAGGAUUAUGGAUACGUUAAUGACACAUCCUCCAUCAACAUCUUUUCACAACAGCUUUUCACCCAGGCUUUUCUAUGAUUGUCUCCGCUGCUGCUUCUUGUAUUUUGUACUGUUUUUAUGCUUGUGUUUUAAUUUUUCAAAUCCGGUUUGGUUUUAUAUUUUUUAGCUCAACGUUUUAAUGUGUCUUUUUAAUAACCUUGCUUUAAAUUUUUAUUGUGAGCCGCCUUGGGAUUUUCUUAAUGAAAGGCGGGGUAUAAAUUUAACAAUCAAUCAAUCAAUCAAUGUAUGCCUGACUCCGUAUGAAGCAGCACCGACUUCAAAAGGCAGCAGUGUGAACUGCUUUUGAAACCUCUCAGAAUCAGAGGGCACAGAUCUGCUGCCGACUCAGCCUGUUUUUACUCCCCAAAGCCGGAGGAACUCUUGCUUCAUCGGACGCCUCCCGCGGGCCUACCUCGCAGGGCUGCUGCUGCUGCUGCCGCCGCCGCCAUCCGCCAGGGGGCUGUCGCGCCGUCACUUGCCCUCCCGCCGCAGCCAAUCCCUGCACCGGAGAGGCGGGCCUUGUGCGGGGCCAGCAGCUGCUGCUGCUGCUGCGUUGUGGGCAGCGAUGCGUCUUGCAGCAAAGCGCGGGGGAGAAGGGGUGUGCUGCGGGGAGGGGCCUCGCGGGGCUCGGGGGAGCCGCGGAGCCUUCGCGUUCGGCUCGAGGAAGGGCUGGCCCGCCUGCUAACCCCCGGGGAGAGGGGGCCCCCUCGGAGAUGCCCUCGCAACGCCUUCCUCCCCCCUCGGGCUGCGGCAUCCGCGACUCGGUGGCCGGAUCUGCUGCUCGUGGGGAGGCUUCGGGACUGACUUUUGGGCCCGAGGGAAUUGAUUGGGUCUAAUCCUGCAAGGGGGGGCUGCAUAUCUCCUGUGCCCGCUUUCUGUUGCCCCCCCGCCCCCGUGCCUGCCUCCGGCACCCCUUGCUGCUGGCCUGCGCUGCCCGCCUACCCACCCCGCUCCCAGCCCCCUCCCUCGGCACAUGCCCGCCUGUGCCCAGCUGGAGUCGUGGGCCCCCCCAGCGCCAUCCCCGCUGCUGCCUCCCUCUAUGUUCUACCUGGGCCUCUUCUUUGUCAACCUGCUGAUCCUCUACUAUGCCUUCCUGCUGGAGUACAUUGCCCUCAACGUGGGCAUCGUCUUCCUGCCCGAGGACAUGGACCAGGCGCUGGUGGAUCUGGGCGUCUUCUCCGACCCGGCCCUCUACGACCUGGACAGCGAGGUGGAGGUGCUGGACCACUACUGGGACUAGCCGGCCCUGAGAGUGGCCCGCCAAGAAGCACAGGCACAGAGGAGCUGCUGCCCAGGGCCCCCUUGGCACCAGGCAGCCAGAUGGGGCUGGACCUAGCCCUGAGUUUCCCCCUUUAGCCUGUAGACUCAGAGGGGGUGACACCUGGCCCCACGGCGGCUGGUUGUGCCCUUGGAGUUGUUAUCUCUUGGGGCCAGGGAUGCCGCAGCUCUUCUCCUGUCUCCUGGCACAAGAGAGAUGGGGGACUUCAGACUUUGGGGGCAGCUGGCAAGAGGAAGGGGCAAUGACUCGGAGGGGACCAGGAGGCGGCCAGUGGCAAGGGACGGAGCAACGGGGCACCCCUGGGGCACCGAAAUUUGCACAGGUUUGCUGUGGUGUGAGAAGGUGGCACAGCCAUGAACUUGUCUUGCUGCAAAAGAGGAUCUGAAGAGGAUCCUUGCUUCUGGAGGAUCUGGACUACACAAGAAGCAUGCUGCCUUCCUUCCACCGUCGCUGCCACCAGGGUUUUGCCAUGAUUUCUGCAGGAAUUUAUGAUGCACAGUUAGCAGGAUUGCUUAGAUAUUCUGGAAGGGCUUCCAGUCACGAAAACACCACCCUGCCGUUAUGCUGGACAAAAGCUUCUCACUCCCAAUUUUUGCAGACUUCCCAGGAGUGCACCAAGAGCAGAUCCCAGCAUUUUGAAAGAGCAAGAGGGGGUGGGCAGGGCUGGCUCGGUCGCAUGAGCAGCCCGCGUGGCUUCUUGGGGUUGCAGAGUUUGAGGGAGUCUGGGGAACUCUGCGUGUGGGGCUGGAGAGAAGGCAAUGUGCCAGCUGCACACCAUCCAAGAGAAUCCAGAACCCCAGGAUCCUCUACAACUUUGCAAGGAAUUCUGGGAUCCUCUUGGGACUGGAAAAUGUCUUGGUGGGCCAGUACCAUUGCAAAAUCUAUGGGGUCGGGUUUACUUUUAUGAAUUCUCUCCCAUGUCAUUGUUUUCCUGCACAUGGAAAACUUGUAAGGGAGUCUAGGCCAGAAGCCGCUGUCUUCUUCACACGUUAGAUUUCCACCUUCAAGGAGAGUUUGAGAUGGGAACGUUUUAAAACAAGCAUGCACUUCAAGGUGUUCCUGGGCUGGUCCACACCACCUGUAAGGUAUGCUCUUUCUAGAUGCUCGGCAUCUGUUCUUGUCACCCCCAAAUGACAAUCUGUAUUUGCUGUUUACGGACUAUAGAUCAGAUUGCACUUUUCUAAAUGCUUUCUGAUCCCGCAUUACAUUUCAGAAGAUCAUUUCUUACCCUCCACAUGUAGCCUUUUGAAGAAUCAAAGAAGAAAAAUAGCAGGGAAUGAUUGUACUUGCCACACAGUGUUACAGGCAGGAAUUGAUUUUGUAAGUAUUUUUCUAAUUUUGGGAAAGGAAGGAGUCCUAUUAAUUGAUGCUCACAAGUUAUUUUGGAAAGCGUUGAAAUGCAGUUCUUAUGUUUAAAAAAAAUGUAAAAAGUGAUAUAUUGAUAACCAGCCUCUUUCAAACACACAGGUAUGCAAAGUCAGUUGGAUUGGGGGGUUUGUAUGUUCGUUGGUCCACAGCUCAGGAUUUAUGACGAGGGAACAUUUUCAGCACCAAGGGCCACAGCUGAAUUGUCCUAGUUGAGUUGCAUGUAGUUAAGAUAAUUUGUUUAUUGCCUAAAUGAAUACUGUACAAUAAAUGCCAAAUGACAGUUGGAA